CACGCCAGGCAGGCAAAGGCAGCAGGAGUCUGGGCAGCAGAACCAUGACGAGCUGCUCCUGGUACCUGGUGCGGCUGCUCCCGCUCAGACGGUGGCCGUGGCGGGGCUUCGGCCCCACGUGGGUCUGCAGCAGCCAGCCGGGGAGUGCCCUCCUGGGGCCGGCCCCCCAGAGCUGCUUCGAGCAGGUGGUGGGCGACGUGCGCAGGCACAUGGAGGAGAUGGCCAGGAUAAGCCGUGCUGUCGGCCAGGCCCAGCCGCCCCUCUGCUGGGAGCCUGCGGGCCAGAGGCAGCCGGGGGCGGCUGGGGAUGCCGAGGCGGAGCCGCGGGAGGAGAAGUUCCAGCUCUCUGUGGACGUGGCCGGCUUCUCUCCGGAGGAGCUGACGGUGAGGAUGGAGGGGAGGAGCGUGACGGUGACCGGGAAGCAUGAAAAGCAAAGCACAUGGGAAGAGGGGGGCCGCAGGCGGGAAUGCAGGGAGCUGCGCACCCAGGCUGUGCUGCCAGAGGACGUGGAUCUCCAGGCCGUGACCUGCUCCCUGUCCCGGGACGGACAGCUCUGCAUCCAGGCUCCACGCCUGGCCCCGCCGCCCGUGAAGGGGAGAGCCCUUCCCAUCAGCAUCCAGCAGGCGCAGGAAGCCGGGGCGGGGAAGGAGCCGCGAAGCAGCGAGGGGCUGGGCAGGGGGCCUGCGGGAGGGAGCGAGGGAACGAGGGGGUCCUGACCCACCAGAGGUGCCAGCGCCCCUCGCCCCAGAGACCGCAGCCAUGGCCGGGCUGCCAGCACUGCCCGCUCCGGCCCUGCGCGCUCGCAGGGUUCUGUGCCCCCACGUGCCUCUUCCGGAGCAGAGCCUGGGGAACUGCCCUGUCUCUGGGGCGGGUUGGAUCCGCCGGAGGCUCCCGGCAGGAUUCUGGUACCUGUAACGAAUGCGCAAGUGUCACCAUCUCCCUGUUCCCCCCUGGCUGUGUUGCCGGGUGACGAUUCUCUCCGGGUGUCUCUCGUUUGUGUCACCACUGGAAUAAACCUGUU